AUGCGCGACCUUCCCGGGUUCUACUGGGACGAGGAGAGGCAGCGGUACUUCGCGCUGCAGCCCGAGCACGUCGCGCGCGGGCUUCAGCGGCCCGACCUCGGGUCGCACGCGCCCGAGAACGCGCACCUCCGCGGUCGGGGCGGCAGAGGCCGCGGCCGCGGAGGACGGCACGGCGGCGGUCGCGGCGGCGACGGCGCCGCGGCGCGGGGUCGGGGAAAGCAUCGGAGGCUGACGAAAAAACGCGACCGCCGCGCGCACGACGACGACGACGACGACGACGACGAAGACGUCCGGACGCCGCGAACGAACAACCGCGGCGGGGCGGCGUCCCCGCCGCCGAGCGGCGCGCCGCGUCCGCGGUCCCCGCCGCCGAGCGCGCGCGACGCGACGCGACGACGAGAGCUCGGCGGUCGCGUCGGCGGCGUCGGCAGCGGCGGCGGCGGUCGCGACGUCGUCGCGCGUGCGCUCCGCGCGCACGCGAGAAGCCUGACGCACGUCGGGUCGAUCGGCGCGCGUUCGCAUCACGCGCGAUGUCACAACGCCGUGUUGCCUCUGUACGCGCCGGAGAAGGCGGCGCGGUCUCCCGAUUCCGAAUCCGAACCCGACCGCGAACACGGCGCGACGGACGACUGGAAUAGUUCGCGGUUUCCCGUCGCCUCCGCGACGCAACUUCUCGUCGCGGGACACGAUGGCAUGUCCGUUUUCGACGUCCGCGCGACGUCGGGACCGGGCGCGUGCGCUGCGACGACGCUGCGACCGUUAGACCCCGACGAUUGGCCAUCUCUGCGGCUCUUUGGGCAGCAGCCGUGCGACGCCAGAGUGCGCGUGCUGUCGAGAAAAUGGCCGCACGACGCGGACGCAAACUCCGUCGACGUCUUCGGCUUCGACUGUAUAAACAUGCGACACGUGCUGGCCGCCGGGCAGAGACGCGAUCAAACAGGCCAUGUCACGAUGUUGUGGUACGAUAUCACCCAGAGGGACGAGGUCAGGCGAGCGAUUUCGUGUUAUACCACGAGGAGACGCGUGGGGAUAUUCGACGCGUCCGCGUCGAUGCGAACGGGGAGAGUCGCCGCCGCGCACGAGCGCACGAGCGAUCGAGCGAGCGUGACGACGUGGAACUCAGAUAGCACCGGGCGAAACGACUACGACAUCGGCUCCACGAACGCAACCGCGAUCGCGUCGGACGUGGACUUUUGGAGCGACACCUCGGGGACGGACUCCGCGUCUGGCGCGGCGGAGACCAUCGCGUUGGGUCUGCGAAACGGCGCGUUUCAAUUCAUCGACACGCGCGAGCAUCGCGUCCACGCCGGCUCGCGCAAAAUGUCGUCGAUGGUGACGGACAUCGCGCCGCUCUCGACACACCCCGGGCACUUCGUCGCCGCGAGCGCGGACGGCGGGCUGUCGCGAUGGGACGUCCGCGCGUUAUCUCGCGGUCCGGUGAUUGCGUAUCACGCCGCGGCGUCCGCGAGUUUUAACCCGCGGCGUCGGAUCGGCAUGGACCCGGGCGAGACGUUCGUCGCGAUGGACGUCGGCCGCGACGUGCGCGAUCCACAACGUCCGUGGAUCUAUGGCUCCGAGGCGGUCGCGCUGUGGGACGUCCGGAGCGGCGCGGAGCUGUGGCGGCACGAGAGAGUCUCCGGGGAGGACUUCGACGCGCGCGCGGAGGCGGAGACGUUCACGGCGGUCGCCGUCGAGGCUUCCGCGGCGAGGGGCGGGCGCGGGACGCCGUCGAUCCGCGUCUGGGCGGGAGGGUUGGACACGCUGAGGAUGUACGUGCCCGAGCCGUGCGUCGACGGCGUCUCCACGCUCGCGUUCGGUUGGGGCGCGGAACGGGAGGAGAUCUGGUUAUGA